AUGAUGGAGGCCCUGAAAGGAACUGAACUCUGCUAUCCACACCUGAACUCCUCCUGCAAGAAGCCUACACAUCCUUACACCCAGGCCAUGCUAAUUUAUGUUCUGCUUUCCUCCAUUUCUCUUGUCACUGUGGCUCUCAACCUGCUGGUCAUCAUCUCCAUCUCCCACUUCAGGCAGCUCCACACCCCCACCAACCUCCUCAUCCUCUCUCUGGCUGUCUCAGACCUCCUUGUGGGCUUCCUGCUGAUGCCGGUUGAAAUCAUCUACAUAGAAGCAUGCUGGUUUCUAGGUGACAUUGUGUGCACUCUGUAUUAUGUUGUAGACUACAUCAUUACCUCUGCCUCAGUGGCCAACAUGGUGUUCAUAUCAUUUGACCGUUAUGUAGCUAUCUGUGACCCUCUGCAUUACCCCACCAAAGUCACCAAGAGAAAAGCACAAGUCUAUGUUUGUUUGUGUUGGAUUUGUUCUGUUGUCUAUAGGAUUCUCCUUUUGAAUGAUCACUUGGAGCAACCAGGCAGGUCCAGCUCCUGUUUUGGAGAGUGUGUGGUUGUCAUCAAUUACAUUGCAGGGGUUGUUGACCUUGUUUUCACCUUUAUCAUCCCCAUUACUGCCAUUAUAGUUCUGUAUUUAAGAGUAUUUCUGGUGGCCCUGUCUCAGGCUCGAUCCAUUCGCUCUCACAUUACAGACGUAACAGCCCAACGUUCAAGGACUGGGGCUGUGAAGAAAACAGAGAUGAAAGCAGCCCGGACUCUUGGUAUUGUUGUAGUUGUGUUUUUGUUUUGUUUCUGUCCGUACUACUACCCCACUCUGGCAGGUGAAGACACCUCUAUCGAUGCUUCAUCCGCAGCAUUUGAGAUCUGGCUGGCACAUUUUAACUCCUGCCUGAACCCUGUCAUCUAUGCCUUUUUCUACCCCUGGUUCAGAAAAUGUAUUAAACUCAUUCUGACUCUUCAGAUACUGAAGCCCGGUUCCCGUGAUAUUAAACUACUAUAG